CUAACCCUAACCCUAAAAUGGAGCUAUAAGAACAAAGGGAUCGAGCAAGAGCAAGCACUUAUUUUGACAGUUACAAAUAACUUUCACGGACGGACAUUCGCUGCAAUUUCGCUGUCUUCAGAUCCAGAGUCGCGAGCCAACUAUGGUCCGUAUCUGCCCAACAUCGACCAUUGCAUACCAGGGACAAACACUCCGAUUACCUACAAUGAUAAGGAUGCCCUCCGUAAAGCGUUUAAGCAUGCUGGUCCAAAUCUUGCAGCAUUCCUCAUCGAGCCAAUUCAAGGCGAAGCCGGCAUCAUCGUUCCUGACGACAGUUACCUUCAGGAACUACGCUUUCUAUGUGACGAGCACAAUGUGCUCCUUAUCGGUGAUGAAAUCCAAACUGGGAUUGGCAGAACAGGCAAGAAUCUCUGCUUUGAGUGGAGCGGUAUCAAGCCAGACCUAGUCCUUCUUGGAAAGGCAAUUUCAGGGGGCAUGUAUCCGGUUUCAUGCGUGUUGGGCCGUCGCGAUGUGAUGUUAAGUAUUGAACCUGGCACACACGGCUCCACGUACGGUGGCAACCCCCUGGGCUGCGCCGUGGCCAUGCGAGCCUUGGAGAUUAUACGUGACGAGGGGCUGGUUGAAAAUGCCCGCCGCUUAGGUGAUAUCUUUCGCGACGGCUUGCAGCAAAUACGGAGUCCCCUCAUCCAGGAGGUUCGCGGAAGAGGUCUGCUGAAUGCCAUCGUGAUUAAUGAAGAAGCUGCCAACGGGCGUACUGCCUGGGACGUAUGCAUGCUCAUGAAGGAUAAGGGCUUGCUGGCUAAACCAACACAUCAAAACAUCAUUAGACUUGCUCCCCCGCUCAUCGUGACAAAAGACGAGAUUCAGAGGGCUUUGGUUAUCAUCGAAGAAGCAGUCUCAGAGCUUGUGGUGUAG